UUCGCUUCCGAGUGACCUAUUUAGCUUCUCACUUUAGCAUCGCCUAAUAGUCUGUUUGUAACAAUGGAGUUUUCAGUUCUUAAUGUUACAGUUCUCAUUGUUUGAUGGGUACAAUUAGUUUUCUCUUGUCAUACAAUAAGCGGUACAAAGCAAAUAAGAUUUUCUAGCUUCAAGCAUUUCUAAAUAGAUUAGCUGUUGUUAGCCACUUUGAUUUAGCUAGGCUUCUGCGGUUAAAAUGUGUUUGUCUAUAGGUGCGUAUUAAAUUAAUUUCUGUUAUUUGAACUGUCUAUAGCUGCUAGCUUAUUGAGACAACAGAUUUCGCUAUCUUAGCUAGGUACACUCUUGGAUGUUCAACGUGUCAGGAAGUGACCCCACAGCUCCAUGUCUGCUGAGGCUUCAGUUGGCAGUCAUGCUGCCAACUCUGCCCAGUCUGCCGUUCUUCACCUUGCCUGCCACAGCACAGAUGAGCAUAGAAGUCCGGGUCUGUUAGGGAGCAAGUAUGUCAAGUUAAAUGUUGGCAGUUCAUUGCAUUAUACAACCGUCCAGACAUUAAGCAAGGAAGACAGUCUGCUGCGACGCAUAUGUAAUGGAGAGACAGAUGCUACCAUAGACUCUGAAGGUUGGGUGGUUUUGGAUAGGUGUGGCCGUCACUUCGGACUGGUUUUGAACUUCCUUCGAGAUGGCUCGGUACCACUUCCAGAAGACCGCAGAGAACUAGAUGAGGUCCUAAAGGAGGCUCAGUACUAUCAAGUACAGGGACUUGUGCAGCACUGCCUUAGUGCUAUGCAGAAACAAAAAGAUGUCUUUGAAAGUGUGUGCCGCAUCCCUAUGAUCACUUCAGCCAAAGAAGAGCAGAAGAUGAUUGCAACAUGUAGAAAGCCAGUAGUUAAGCUGCAGAACAAUAGAGGAAACAACAAAUACUCCUAUACAAGCAACUCUGAUGAUAACUUGCUGAAGAACAUCGAGCUGUUUGACAAACUUGUUCUGCGAUUUAAUGGCCGCGUCCUCUUUGUCAAAGACGUGCUUGGGGAUGAGAUCUGCUGUUGGUCUUUCUAUGGCGAAGGCCGCAAGAUUGCUGAAGUAUGCUGCACAUCCAUCGUCUAUGCGACAGAGAAGAAGCAGACCAAAGUUGAGUUUCCCGAGGCGCGGAUAUUUGAAGAAACACUCAAUAUUCUGAUCUAUGAAAAUAACAGAGGAUGCGGACCUGGAGGCUUACAUCUUCUAGAUUCAAGAGGCUCAGGUUCAUCACUGGGAGCUGGGCAAUCAGAGGAGGAGGGUGCAGCGGGAGGAGACAGACGAGUAAGACGGAUCCACGUAAGGAGGCACAUAAUGCACGAUGAAAGAGGACAUGGUCAGCAAACUGUCUAUAAGGACUAAUUAUGUGUCUUAAAAAUAAUUAGUAACAAUGAUAAUGAGGCCUGGGAGUUUUUUGUUUGUUUUUUGGAAUGCUUGUAGAAUGGAAGAGAUGUCCUUGAUUGCAGCAAUAGCUUGGUAUUUACUUAUUGAUCACUGGUUUGUAAUUAAGGUUGAAGUUUGAAUAUGUUUACAAAACAAUUUGUGUACAUUCUUUAAAUAGGAAAUAUGUCAAAUUAACUGUGACUGAAGGUGUCAGAAAUAUUUCACAUUAAUGAACCUCCUGAAAGUUACUGAAUGGGACUGAAAACGUAACUCCAACCCUGUAGAUGAAUUGUUUUUGUUUAGUUUUUUUCUACAUCAGAUCAUCUUAUAAGGGUGUUAAUGGUGAACACUGGUAUCCUCCUUUGUGUUUAACUUGUGAGAAACAUGGUCAGUUAUUCUUUUAGGUUUUCUAACAUCUGAUUCUUUUUCUUUUGGAGCAAUAAGACUUCUGCAGAGUUGGGUACAGAGGUGUUUUUUAAGGUUGAGCCAUGACAUGUUAACACUGGAAUUAAACUGAAUAGCCAUUUUUGUGAGGUUGUCUAUAAAUGAAAUUGUUGAGCAGCUCAAUGUUCUUUAUUUAAAUUAUUACAUCUGUUGCUUCAAGAUGUUUUUUGUUUGUUUGUUUUGUUUUUUUUUUUAUUUAUAAACCUAAUUUAUUGUUUGGUAUUUAACUUUUGUAUUGAAUCCAGUUUUGUGUUAACUCUAGCUCAAGUGAGUUUUAAUUCUGGUACAACAGGGUGCACUCUACAGCACAGAAGAUUUUGAAUUUACUUCUGUAGAUAAAUAAAUCAUUAACGUACUUAUGUUGAAUAUUUCAAGAGGAACUGUGACCAUUUCUUUGAUGUAUGUUAUUCUGAGCCAUGAUCUUUCACUUUUGCAUCGUCUUAAACCAAAUCAGAUUUUUUUCUCAAAAGAAUUGGCCAUACAGUCAGUGUAAAGGUGGUGUAGACUGGAAAGUAUUUUAUUUGCCUCAGGGAGAGGAUUAAGUUAUUUUCUAUCUAAAUUUCACUGGUGACGUAUAAAUCUAAGCACUCUUUAGUGAGAGGGGAAAAAAUUAAUAGGAGCAAUAUGUUGUUCAAACCCCUAACAAUGGAGUAUCUUGAAAUAUGCACUAAUAUGACUUCCGUCCAGUGGUAUUGGAAAUGUUUUAAAUAAAUUGCUCAUGAAAUCA